AAAACAAAAUUUGGUAGUUGUGGUCUAGGUCUAGAACUAGAAUCUAGAUCUAAAUCUAGAUUUACAUCUAUCAUAUAUUAUCUAGACCUAUUAGAUCUACCUAAUAAUAAAAGAUCUAGAUUAAAUUUAAAUCUCGAUAUCUAGUGAGUCAAAUGACUGAACCACUGACCGUAUUGGUAGACCCUGCCAUCACACCUCAAGAAAAACAGAAAGAGUUGAUCUCAAACACAUGUUUGGAAAUCAAUGUUAGGUGCGAUUUUGUUCCACAACGAUGUGAAAGAACAAUUUCAUGGAUGCCACCACUUUCUGCUUCAUCUUCAGUUUAUGAAGAUAUAACUAAAGAAAUUAUGGCCGUGCUCAAUGCUGAAGAAGCUGUUCAGAUGAUACAAGCAUACAUACAGUCUAAACAUGGAGACGCCCAACACAUGACACUAACCCAGUGGGUCAGUUCUCUACAAGCAUCCUUGCCAGGACACAACAUAACUGUAUUUAUUGUUGGUCUGACCAAAUACUUCAGCAAUCAAAAAUUAAAGAAUAAAAGGAACUUCAAGGAAGCCGCAACAGGCCAAGCAACAAAGCGGAAGAAAAAAAAUGAAAGAUUAGAUGAAUCAAUUUCAUUUCAACAAGCAGAAGAGGCUUUUGUUGAGCUCCAAUUGUUUACUGGCUGUGUUGUACAACAGACUGCCACUUUUGAAGAAUUUGUUGGACAGUUGAAAUAUUUCACAAAAUCUGUUAGAGAAAAGCCAGCAAAAAAAGAUCGGUUUGACAGUGUCUUGUCGUUUUUAGAUGAAGCUACCAGUGGCAUCUACGUAAAUAAACAAGGUCAAGGGCUCAGUAAAGUAUGGAAGCACCAACUGAUGCAGUACAAAAACUUUGGAUCUGAAAUGGCAGAAGCAGUAGCCGCUGUCUAUCCUUCUCCCUAUUUAUUACACAAGGCUUGUAAAGAGAAAAAUAACAAAGAAGCUGAAGCAAUGAUUGCAGAUAUUAAUGUACGAAGAAAUGCAAGUGUCAUAUCCACUAAUCGUAAGAUAGGAAAAGAACAAGCUCGAAGAAUAUACACAUUUAUGACAUCCAAAGAUCCAGACCAGGUUAUUAAAUAAACAAAAUGUGAACAUUCACUUCCUCUGAACCAUGUUAUAAAACUGCAUCAUGAUUUAAAUGAUGUGACUACAGUUUUUUUUUGUUAUGUUUACUUUUUGGUGCCAACCCAGGCUUUUGGUUAUGAGAGUAUUUACUUAGUGUUUUAGUGUUUGUAAAUGUCAAUUCAGAGGUGUUGUGACUAAGUGAUAAAGCACUAGGCUUCAGAACCAAAGUGUCUCAAAUCCUGUUGAAGACGGAUUUUUAGGACACCCCUAAGUCUAUCCAACUUUAAUGGGUACAUUAGGGAGUAAAGAUUGUUGGUCAGGGUGCUGGCCAUGUGACACCCUCAUUACCCUCGGCCGGGCACGACAUGGCCUAAAUUGUGCUGAUGUGCCUAAAGUCAAACUCAUUACCCUCAGCCAUAGAAACAUAAACUUUACAUCAUCUGCGGCUCCUGUAGAUCACAAGGUGUGAUAGUUGUUGGUCGUCAUUGACUUGUAGAACCAAACUGCUGUAGGUGUAAUACAUCUUAACUUAACUUGAAAUAACUUGAGUGACUUCUUUGGGAACAAAACUAAAUAGGACUUUAAUUACAAUACAAACAAAUUCCAAUUGAGAUAAAAUGAAAUUAAUGUAGUAGACUUUAGAAGUAAUACAAUGCUAUUCUGAACAAAAUCUAACUCACUACAAAAACACUUCAGUCUUGCAAUAUGAAGUCAUCUCCCUUAUCUAAGACAGCUGAUGGAAACGCUGUUUAUCUUACAUAAUUCAACCAAUCACUAACCUCUUCCCACAUGACCACACACUCCAUAAGAAAGGGGUAUCUGUCCCUUUUUUAAAAUGUUAUUUGAUGUUUGUACAUAUUUUUAAAAAUUCAUGUACCAAUGGUUACAAUAAAAUGUUUGAAUAAUUGUCUAUGGUUUUAUGUUAAUGUAUAAAAAUAGAGCUACCAUUAAAACUUCAUGUCUAUACUAUACUAUACUGAUUUCAUUACUAUUGAUAGUAAUACUGCAUUUCUGAACAAACAAGUGAAAUAAUUUUAAAAGAAAACAAGUUUACUUUGACGAACAAAAAUUGUGUAUAAUUCUUUUUACAGUAGAAGUAGAGACAAAAUAAAAACCAACAGGAAAUACAAGUACAGCAAACUUUUAGAAAACAGUACAGCUAAAACAACAUGCUAUGACUAGGUCAUCGCCAGUCACGCAAUACCAGUUAGAGGCUAUCACAUUACAUUUGAUCAUACUAGAACGGAGAUAGUGUAAUCUAUAAUGUCUCCAGAAAUUUAUUUUUUUUUUAAAUUUCAAAACACUAUUCUAUUCUGCAUGCUCUACUUGCACUUUAGAAUUUGAUGUUUCACUUUAAAUGAAUGUAUUUUUUUUUAUCACUGUACCAGUCCAUGAUAUAAUGAAUAGGCUAAUUUGAGGUUAUAUAAUGACAUUUUACUAUAACAUAUGGGUAUAAAUACUUAGCUAUGAUUUCAGUAAUUCCAAGUAGUUACAAUCAAAGGAAACAAAAUAUUUUAGCCUUUAGUCUAACACGAACAUCAGCAUGAUUACAAGUACUAACAACAAAAAUAAGUUUAACAUUUAAUCUUUUCAGGAAAAAAAAUCCUAAGAGAUACAGUAUAGUAAUGAUUUGUGUACAUUUCUAAAAAAAAAAUGUGAUUAAACUAUUAAAUAUUAUUGCCCAGGGCUUGUACAUGUAACAAACUUUUUGCAAUAUCAAAUAUAAAAUAUUUAUAAACAUUUUUCAAUUUUGGUUAGAACAAAAAAUAUUUAAUUAAACACUUGAAUUUAUGCAAAUAAAAUUUAAAAAAAAAAAAGUAAUGUGACAUUUUAUUCCCAGAUAAAAAUUAAAAAAUGUAAGAGUAGUUGUCCUACUCAAACAGAAAUGAUAAAAAUGGGACGGAAUGUGGAUAAAAUAAAUACAUAUUUUCCUAACAAAACAAAUAAAAAGUGAACAUAAAAUAACCCAAUGUCAUCAUUCUUUUCAUAUUCUUUACAUAGAGAUUACUUCUUUAAAAAAAUUCAUCUGUAUUAUAAGUAAAUGCAUUGACAUCUGCAGUGUACAAAAAUAUACAUGCUACAUUUUUUUUUUCUUACUUAACUAAACAAUCAACUGAUAAUCCCAUAGGCAAUUUUCACAGCACAGUAAUAAAGUUUAAAGGAAUGUCAUAGAACAUUUUUACACAAGGCUUACUAUAAAUAAAAAAAGGACACUACCUUGUGACAAUAAGAUCACAUUGUAGAGUUAUUUUUUUAACCACUGAUUCUUGUUAAAAAGCCUUGUCCAAAAUCAAUCACUCCCUUUUUGUUCUAUAACAAUAACUAUAAACAACAUUUAAAUUUCAGGGAUAUGGUGGCAUUAGUAGUAGAUUGCUUUUCUACCAAGCCAAAGGUUUUAGCCGAGACAUAUUUUUACUAUUUAUUUAAGGCAGGACAUUUAGUCUUAACUACAUGAGUAAACUUUAAAAAUCUUUAAAAAAAAAAAAAAA